CAUAGAUGGCGCAGUAGUGUUACACGUGCUACAUGUGAAAAUAAAUACGUAUACCAUAACCUAUACGCUUAAAAAAAGUUAUUAGAAAUACAAUAAUUAACAAAUUAAUACAAAAUAAGAAAGCUUUGUCAAUUAUUAAAAAUGACUGUGCAUGAAGAAGCAGAAAAAAGACGUUUACUAUCCUUAAAAAAGAAAAAGAAAGAAUUUAAAGCUAAAGAAAAGCUUAUUAGCGAUGCUUUAAAAAAUGUGGAUAAAAGUCAAGCAAAUAGGAUCGUGUUCGAUGAUAACAUUGAAAAAGAUGUUACUAUUGAAAAAGGAAAAGAAAAGAGAAAACGUAAACCUUUAUUUGAUAAUGAAAACGAUGACGAUGACAAAGAAUUCAACUGGAAUGAUGAUAAAUUCAAAACAAAGAAAAAUUUAAACGCAAAGUAUUUAAAAUUACAAGCAAAUUAUGGUAAUGAUUCUCGUUUUACUUUGGACAAUCGUUUUAUCGAAGAAGAUGCAGAAGAUAAAGAAGGAGUCGAUGAAUGCGAUAUAGAAAAUGAGAAAGAAUGGCAGUUUAAUAUAUUGGAAGAUGUUUUGGGUGUACCAGUUGCGAAAAAGACUAAAAAUGAAGAACCAGUGAAGAAAUUUGGAAUGAUACGAUAUGACCCAACAGAAGACCAACACAAAAAAUAUGAACUUACCAAGGAAGAAAUUAAAUCUAGCGUAAAGACUAAAAAGAAAAAGAAAAAAGAAGAAAUUGCAGAAGAAACUAACAAAGAUGAACCAAUUAUUGUAUCAAAGGAUAUAUAUUAUUCGGUAUCGAAUUCCUUAAACAAGAGUUUAAAUCAACCAGGAGAAUUUAGUUUAUUGAAGACAUAUGGAAAGGAUAUUGACGAGACUGAGAAACAAAAAAAUGUUGGAGUUUAUGCCAAAGCUAAAGAGAUAUCCAAAAACAAAAAAUCGUUUCUUAAUUUCGACUCCACGAAUCCAUUUAAAUACGAUUCAUCGGAUAAUGAAAAUGAAGCUGAUACAAAAAUGAAUACUACAAAUUAUAAAGAAAAAAAAGGAUCGAUUAAUUUAUUUGGAAAAGAUAGCGAUAAUUUGUUCUUUUCGACGAAUGAUAAACGGUUCAAAGAUGCCUUAAAUUUUUUUAAGAAGGAAUCGGUACCAAAGAAGGAAUUUAAGAAUUUGAGACGCGAAUUAAAACAAAUUGUACGCGCCAAAGUUCGUAAGAAUGUGAGAAAAACUGAAAAAUGGGGAAGUAGAAAAAAAAUUAAAAAACUAUCGUGAACUGUAAUAUAUAGAAAAAGAAGUUUUAUUGCCUUGUCAAUAAUUUUAGCUCAUACAGACAAGUUAUUUUAAUUAUAUAAAUAGAUAAUUAUCAUACAAAAUUUAUUUGUAAUAAUACAAUCAUACAUUGCUAUGUUAUUAUUAUCCAUUUCGAUAUCAAAAAAAUUGUAGAAAAUAUUGUUAGUUUAUUAUCAAUGAUCAUUUAAUAUAAUAAUCAUUAAAUUUCAAUUAAUAUAAUAAUAUUUGAAAGAAAUAUACCAAUACUUUAAAUGAAAA